AUGCUUGCCUCCUCGAUGAUUAGCUCCCAACCCCCUUGCUCCACGGGCGAGAGCCCCCGCGCCAAGCGGAAGCGCUCCGUGGACGCCCCCUCUCCCCUCGAUGGCGGAAUGUCGCCGUCGUCCAUGGACGAGUUGCCCUGCAAGAAGAGCAAGGCGACGGAUGAGACCCACUUUAAACCCUCGGAAGACCACGACCCACGUGAGUGCCCUGACGCCCCCCUGCACGAAGACACCAUUAG